ACGCCUGCCUACAUCCCUCUCCCAAAUCUUCACUAGCACACAAGCAAAAAGGGGACCGAAGCAGACCCGUAUCCUCCUUUCCCUGCACACCACGUUCCUCAUUCUCAGGUUUUUUGUUGUUGUUGUUGUUGUUUUUGUAUUUUUUUAUGGCGCAAGGGCUCUGCAAGCGGGACGGUUCUGGGUGCGAGAAAGCCAGCGCGGAUUUGGAUAAGCGAGCAUCAGUGACGGGUCUAGAAUACAGCAGCAGCUGCGGCGCCUCCGCCUCCUCGGUCUCAUCUAGCCGGCUCUAUGACGAGUAAUGGUCGGCUCGUUCUGCUGGAUGCUCCCUGCUCUAACCGGAUCCUCGACGGCACCAUAUUCAACUGCAGAUUGCCAUUUUCGGAAGAAACCUUCAAAGAGCUAGGAGAUACAUAUGGAAACUGGGGAUCGGAAUUUUAGGAAAAAGGAUAUAUAGUAGUGCUUUAUUUUAUUAGUCUAAUUUGCUCAUUUAUGUUUCGUUCUCGGUGAAUUUCCUCAUUUCAUCGUUGACUUGAUUUGUCAAAUUGAUGCGAGAGCGGCGGCAGCAGAUUUAGAUUUGCCUGGACAUUCUUUUCGUUGGUUUUGAACUGGACUAUCCUGGCCAUCCAUCCAUCUAUCCUAUAUUUUUUUUUUCUGCUCCUGCACUUCAGUUGAGCUUAUCCUGUUCUUUCUGGGUUUUUUUCUCUAUCUCUCUGUCUCUCUCUCUCUCUCUCUCUCUCUUUCUGCGUCUUUCCCUCUUGAUUAGAAUACACUAUUUGCUUAGCCAUAUUAUGAGAAGACAGCGUGUUGGUUAAGCAGCUACGUAGGUCAACAGUUGUUGUAACCCAGUGAAUUAUUUAGAUUCCGAUCAGAAGCAAAACCUACCAUUGCUCCAUCAACGCGAGUCUGAAUUCCACAUUCUUCCUAAAUCAGUAUUUAUCCUCAAUUUCUAAUAGGCUACAUCAAAUCUACGCGCCUAAAAUUGUCAUGAUUGAAACCGAGUAGCUAUUGUUUAACAUUGGCUUAAUUGCAGUGGCGUUUGAAUGACAUGUUCAGGCCAUUAUUACAGGCCUCGGCAAUUAAUUAUUAUCUUUGAUUAGUGGCUUUGCAGCGUGAAUGUGUAAGUUUAAGCUGGAGCGUAGCUGCUGCAUAUCUUACCUCGUUUAGAAACAAAGACCAGGACAAACGAUUUAGAAGGCUGAAAUUGCUCUUUGUUGGAACAGAGCGGAAAGCGUACAGCGUUCCUCUCCAAAAACAAACAAAACAAAACAAAAAACAGCCAGAAAGGCUCACCUAUUUCUUCCUUAAUCGGUUCUCACCCAAACGCAACCAUAAGGUUCCUACCGCAUCCUCCCCCUUCCCCCUCCUUUCGCUCAAAUAUAUCCCAUUUUUUAAAUUUGGUUUGGUCCCGUAAAUUUUCAAAUAUUUAUUUCCUAUACAUCAAGAGGAAAGGGGGUCCCCCUUUCAUGGAAUGCGGAAACAUGGGUGUGUUUGACCGCGGAGUUCAGAUGUUAUUGACCACGGUGGGCGCAUUCGCUGCCUUCAGUCUCAUGACCAUCGCGGUGGGCACGGACUACUGGCUGUACUCGCGCGGCGUGUGUAAGAUCAAGACCAACAACGAGAACGAAACCAGCAAGAAGAACGAAGAGGUGAUGACCCAUUCGGGACUGUGGAGGACAUGUUGCUUGGAAGGAAACUUCAAAGGAUUGUGUAAGCAGAUAGAUCACUUUCCAGAAGACACAGAUUAUGAAGCAGAUGCCUCAGAGUACUUCUUACGGGCCGUGCGAGCGUCUAGUAUCUUCCCCAUCCUCAGCGUCAUCCUGCUCUUCAUGGGUGGCCUGUGUAUAGCUGCCAGCGAGUUCUACAAGUCCCGCCACAAUAUCAUCCUCAGUGCAGGAAUCCUCUUUGUGUCUGCAGGCCUCAGUAACAUUAUUGGCAUGAUCGUGUACAUAUCAGCCAAUGCGGGGGAUCCCUCAAAGAGCGACUCCAAAAAGAACAGCUACUCGUACGGCUGGAGUUUCUACUUUGGUGCUCUGUCCUUUAUCAUGGCUGAAAUGGUGGGCGUGCUGGCCGUGCACAUGUUCAUCGACCGGCACCGGGAGCUGCGGGCGGGGGCGCGGGCUGCAGAUUACCUGCAGGGCUCGGCUAUCACGCGCAUCCCCAGCUACCGGUACCGCUACCGGCGCCGCUCCCGCUCCUCGUCCCGCUCCACGGACCCCUCGCACUCCCGCGACACCUCGCCGGUGGGCUUGAAGGGUUUCGGGGCUCUGCCCUCCACCGAGAUCUCCAUGUACACACUCACCCGUGGGGGCGACACCCUAAAGGGUGGCCACGGCACCCCCACUGCCACCUACAAUUCGGAGAGGGACCACAACUUCCUGCAGGUCCACAACUGCAUCCAGAAGGACCUGAAAGACUCAUCCCACACUAACACAGCCAACCGACGCACCACCCCUGUAUGAGGCACAACCUCCCCCCGUAUAGAUAGCAGGGCGAGGGAGACGGGAGCAGGGCAGAGGGGGGCGGAGGCCCAGAAUAUUAGGCUACAGAUCAAACUUCAUGUACCAUGCGUUUUCACGAUUCGGAGGAACCAGGAGGAUUUUUACGUUUCGAUCAAAGAUUACACAUGAAUGCAUGAUUUUGCCAUUUGCCAUUGACAAAAUGAGGCUGGUUUGAAAUGGAGAGAGGCGAUAAGAGAUAUGCAGAAGGGUUGUGCCGUGACACGGGAGCUGUAGCUUGUGGCAUUGAUUUGACAUGUUUUUGUUAAGAAAACAUUUCACCACCCGUCGUCGGUCUACAUGGAUCAGCAAGCUACUGCUCCCUCAUAAGUCUUCUUCCCCUCUCCACUAUAUUCAUCAUAUUUAUUUAUAUUUUUAAUUUGUUAUUUGCAUUUAAAAAAAAACUGUGAACCACAGCAGUAGGGUAUUCAGUAAGAAAUAGCCUGGUCUGCAAUCUCUUAUAUAUAUAUAUAUAUAUAUAUAUAUAUAUAUACACACAUAUAUAUACAUACAUAUAUGUAUGUAGGCUAUUCAUUUUAUAAAUAAAUUAACAUAAUAAUCAAGACUUUCAGAAGCAAAAAAGUCAAAUCUGUUUGCUGGGUAAUGAUCUGUUGGAAAAGAGACUCUAUGUCCCUAAGCUGCGACUGUGGCUGGACGAUGGACGAAAUCACAGAGAAUCUUCAAUGCAAAGCUGCUGUAAUACGAGACUGACAAAGACAUUCAACCUUAGACAAAAUUCUAUUCUUUUAAAAGAACCUUCUCAUCUUUUUCUCAGUCCCUUUUUGCUUCCUUUUUUUCUCUACUAUCGCAUUCGGUCGUCAUGGGAGCGAACGACAGAAAACCCAACGCAACGCCCUUCUCUGACAAGAGCAACAAAAAAGGGGUCGGAGUUCACUGAAAGACUCCAGAAACGACUGCCAAGACGGAAAAAAGGAAGGAGGAGGGGGGAGGAAAAGAAGAGGAUGCUGAACUCUAAAUAAAUACUUGCAAGAACGCAAGCGACAAAUAAAGUACGAAAUACUACGAGAAACGAAGCUAAGUGACUCACGAAUACAAAGAUUAAAUGCAUGCUAUAAAUUUACAGCAAACCUGCUCUUGAAACUUAAGUUUUAAAGGAUAAUGAUAAUUAUAAAGGGAAAAGCAAUGUUAAAAAUGUUAAAUAUUAAUGUUUUGUGUACUCUUUCUGUUUUGCUUUUUAUUAUUAAUUAUAAUUAUUCAUUAUAAUAACAUACCUUUGGCAAUAAGCCAAACAAACAAAUUACGACAAAACUGCUUUUUUAAUGCUCAGUUGUUUCUUUGUAUCCACAUGUAUUUCUUUUACUCAUUCUUUUUCUCAGAAACACACGCCUUAGUCAUUUCGUAUUUCUUUGGUUUCAUUUUAAACGUGUCGUUUUAUUUGAAAUGAAAUCUAAAGGUGCCAAAACAGAAUGAUCCUAAACUUGGAUGCAUCAAGUCCUGAUGAAUAAACAGACAAACCCAAGGGGGAACAAA